CAUACCCAUGGACGGCGGCAUGGCGGACACGGACGGACCGGACCCCGCGUCGUUUCAAUGCUACCACCCAACUCUUUCUUUCCCUCCCUUUCUCCCGCCUCCCGGUCCAAAAUCAACAAAUCCACCGCCGUCGCCGCCAUGCCGCCGCCCCGCCGCAACCUCCUCCCCUUCCCCGUCGUCCUCGUCCUCCUGAGCACCACUGCCGCCGCCCUCUCCGUCACCGCCCCCGUCGAGCUCACAGUCGCCUCGCAUCCCCCGGCCUCCGUCCGCCUCCCGCCCGCGAGAGACCUCUCCGUCGGCGAUGGGAGCGCCGGCGGCGGCCCCUACUGCACGCGCGUUCUCCUCCGCGGCCGCCCCUCCCGCAUCCGCGACCCGUCCCGGUUUUUCCACGCACUCCGCGUCCGAGCCAACGCCACCCGCCCCCAGGGCCUCGAGCUCUGCUUCCACAGGAAUGCCACAGUAGGGCCGUGCAAGUGCGCUUCAUCUCAGUGGCAGAAGAUGCCCAAGGGCGGGCUCUGGGCACAGUCCAUCUCACCAUACGACCACCGGAUCCUGGAUUUCCGGAUGCCGGCUGACCCUUCAACGUCCGUUGUGGUAUCCACCGAGGAAGAGUUCUUGGUCCACAGGAUGGUGUUCUUGAUGCUGGGGUUGGUGCUGAUGGUGGUGGCACACACAUUGAGUGAGUCUGUAGUGUUCUACUAUGGUGGAGCAAUGACGAUCGGCAUUUUCCUUGUGAUACUUAUUAUACUCUUUCAGGGAAUGAAGCUUUUACCCACUGGUAGAAAGAGUUCUCUUGCUAUUUUCACAUACUCCUCAGUUAUUGGCAUGACGACGUAUUUUGUACACUAUUUGUCGGGGCUGCUGCGCUCAGCUCUUGUGGAAAUUGGAAUUGCUGAAGACAUGCAUAAUCCUCUAGGCAUAUUCCUUCUUGUAUGCGUCAUCUUAGCUGGAGCUUGGUUUGGUUACUGGGGUGUCCGUAAACUUGUCCUGACAGAAGAAGGAUCUGUGGACGCUGGUGUGUCUUAUUUUGUUGAGUGGGCUAUCUUGAUUGUUUCAGCGGUUAUGAUCCUCCAGAGUUCGCUGGACUAUAUCUUUGCGUUUGCAGCAUUGGUCUUUUGUGCAAUCAUCAAGGCAAUUUCAAGGAUUGGGGGAAAGUCAAUAUUUUUACGCCAUCUAUCAAGGGAAUACCUCAGCAGGGGACUGUCCGAUGGAACUGCAAGUCAUUUCUCCCAUUAUGGAGAUUUGGGUGAAGAUUAUUCUAGCAUGAAUGGAGCUCGCCAAGAUGGAUUUAGCAAGCUUCCUGGUGAAUACCUGAAACGUACACCGAGAAGAAACUCACCUCUUACAGGCUCAGCAACGACAUUGUCACAAGGCUUUGCUAGGGGCACCACCUACUAUUCUACUUUCCACACUACCCCAGAGAGGAGAAAAUUCUCGAAAGAGGAAUAUGAAGCGUUAACCAAAGAGGAGACAAAGAAAGCUAUGAAACAACUGUUGUCCUCGCCGGAUUUCAACAGGUGGGCAUUAGCUAACGCAGACAGGAUAUCUGUGACUCCACGAGGAGGCAGCUACAGCAGCAGCAGCAACAGCCAGCAGCGACCUCGUUUGUUUGGAUGGUUUUGAGUCGUAUAUUUCAGUGUGUUUGCAGCAAUAGGGGUGCUUAGUGAUUCCAUGUGAGUUCAGUACAAGGAUAGGAUAGUAGACGAGUGCUGCCACAUUUUGAAGUGGCAGUAAGUUUGUAGAAUAGUGUAAUAGGUGAAUCUUGUCACUUGGCUCCAAGCGGCUCGUGUAUCUUGUAUACUAGCAUUUAGCACUACGGUGAAUCUCAACAUGUUUGAUUUGUAUAUCUGCGCUUCAUCGUUAAAUCAUAUGGCUGAGUACGGAUAAUUUGGACGACGCCAGUUCCAGGUCCUUUGCCUGCAGACGAAGCAGAUUACAUUGAAGGUUUAAGUACAGUUAGAUUAUGGAUUUGUGGCUGGAUUCGAUCAUGGGAGGAAAAAACUACUUGCACAGUUGCACUGCUCUCUGUAAACUAACAAUUUGUUCGGGUUGCUUAAUUUGAAUGAGUGGUGAUAUCUUA